AAGAAAUUGUCUCCUUUCAGAAGCUUGGUUAACUUGUUCAAUUCGAUAAUCGAAAAUCGAUAGGAUUUACGUGAUUUGCUUCUAUCGAGAUCAAAGCACUGGUUUCCUUCCUGAUUCACUUUUGAUCCCUUGAUUUUCGUUAUUUAAUUGAGAAAUCAAAGCUAUAGCUACGGGUUUCUAUUGAUUAAUCGUUUGUGUGUAUAUAAGUUGAUUCGAUUUCAGCAUAUGGCUACGCUUAAUGAAAAAGUUAAAGAGAAGAUCAAAUUCAAGUAUGAAGAUGAUGAUUAUGAUGGAGAUUCACCGCAAUCGCCGUCUCUGGGGUUUAUCCCAACCAAAAUAGAGCCUAAUUAUCCAAUCAUCGACUCAGAAGAAGAUUACGUGGAUGAUGGAUUCGAUUCAGCUGAACCCAUUCAAGAAAACGUCCAAGUCAACUUGAAGAACGUGUUAACUGGUUUAAUAGCCAUUGUCACUGGAAGUAACAAGGGCCAUGAUGUUUCAUUAGACCACAACACUCCUUCUUCUUCAUCCAACGUCUCCUUCCUUGGCUCCUCCUCCGUUUACAUACCAAGCGCCCCGCCUCUUUUUGAACCCACAGGGAUCAACUACAGUGUUUACAAGGACUUGCUCGAAGCUGAACCUCCUCACUGGCUUCCCGACAGUUCCACUACUACCUGCAUGCACUGCUCUUCCCCUUUCACCGCCAUCACCUGCGGCAGACAUCACUGUCGCUUCUGCGGAGGUAUAUUCUGUAGGAACUGUUCCAAAGGGAGGUGCUUGAUGCCUAUUAAGUUCCGUCAAAGGAGUCCUCAGAGAGUCUGUGAUUCCUGCUACGAGAGGCUUGAUCCUUUGCAAGCUGUCCUCAUUAACUCCAUUAGUAACGCUGUCCAGGUUGCAAAGCACGACGUUGUCGAUUGGACCUGUACUAGAGGAUGGUUGAAUCUCCCAAUUGGUCUUUCCAUGGAAGAUGAGAUAUACAAGGCUUCUAAUACCUUGAGAGGUUAUUGCCACGUUGCCAGAUCAGACCCUGAGAAAUCCAUUCCCCAUGCUCUUCUUAGUCAAGCUCAAGGUUUGGCCAUCCUAACUGUCGCUAAAGCUGGGGCUUUGCUUUCUUACAAACUCGGGACUGGUCUGGUUAUCUCUCGGAGGUCAGACGGGUCAUGGUCUGCUCCAUCUGCCAUACUUUCACUAGGUUUUGGAUGGGGCGCACAGGUUGGAGGUGAGCUGAUGGACUUCAUAAUAGUGCUGCAUGACUUGAAAGCGGUGAAGACCUUCUGCAGCAGAAUGCACUUUUCUCUAGGUGCAGGAUGCAGCGCAUCAGCAGGACCUAUAGGGAGAGUCUUGGAGGCUGACUUCCGAGCUGGUGAUAGAGGCUCUGGCCUCUGCUAUACUUAUAGCCGUAGCAAAGGGGCAUUUGUGGGAGUAUCUCUUGAAGGAAAUCUGGUGACAACAAGAAGGGACAUGAAUGUAAAGUUCUAUGGCGAUCCAUACCUAAGCACAUCAGACAUUCUACUUGGGAUGGUGGAUCAACCCAAAGCUGCUCAACCAUUGUACACUGCGCUCAGAGACCUCUACGUAGGUUUACGUCAGUGAUCUCCAUUCACAUUGCAAACAACUCGUGUAUAAAUGUCUUUCUCAUGUACAUAUCAAUUGUUUCUUUCUAGAACGUAUGGAACGUUUUAGCAUUUAAUUCAUUUAAGACUUGGUUUACCUUUUCAAAUCAUUCGACAGAAUGUAUGUAUAUGUGUUAUCUUGAUCAAAAG